AUGCAAGAUGAAGCCCGCACGCGCGUCGGCCGCCCCGACCACGACCCGGACGGCCUGGUGCUCGAGGCCUGGGGCCAGGGCUUCAUGGUCGGCACCCUGAUCUUCAUGGCCGCCAUCACCGUCGCCAACAUGCGCCGCCGCGUGCUGCUGCACAAGCUCAUCCUCGCCGAGCUGCUGCUCGGUAUCGGCCACGGCACCUUCAUCUUCUUCCACGAGCCCGUGUACGGCUGGUACCUGUCGUGCACCGCCAUCGGGCUCAACAUGUCGUGGAGCCUGCACAACGUCAUCGCCUGGAUGAAGAACCGCCCCUUCAUGAGCCGCCGCGUCUCGCUGGUCUACAUCGGCACCGUCGUGCUCGUCCAGCCCUACUGGGUGCUCGAGAUCUACGCCAACUUCGCCUACUUCAACAACAUCAACACCCUCUUCCUCAAGACCCGCCCCUGGGAACCGCUCUUCCGCGACCCCUGGUGGAUCUACACCACCUGCAAUCUGUUCUGGGUCAUAAAGUCCCAGUACAACUUCAAGAUCUCCGAGCUGCUGCGCAACGGCCCGCGAUUCGGCGUCAUGCUCGUCGCCAUGUGCAUCUCCAUCAUCUUCAUCUUCCUCGACAUCCUCAGCGUGCUGCACGUCCUCAAGGGCGCCCUGCCCACCGGCAUCAACCCCUUCUGGAAGGUCCGUCUCACCCUAUUUUAUUCUGUUCUGUUCUAUUUUCGUCCUCAUCGCCGCCGUAUUCCAUAUAUAUUCCUGACUCCCCCACAGCUCUCGUUCGUGUUCAAAUGCCUGUGCGACGCCGUGGUGCUCGACGACUUCAAGACCGCGCUCGACCGACUGCGCGACUACUGGCUGGAGAAGAACGGCGUCGACGACGAAAGCGGCCACCACCGCGCCACCUCGCACUCCAAGCGCACGUCCAAGAGCCCCGGCCCGCCCGGCACGCCCACCAGCCGCUCGCGCUUCUGGCGCAACUCCACCGGCAUCAUCGAGCCGCUGGAGCUCAAGCGCCAGCUCAAGGCCGACGAAAGCGGCGCCGCGGGCGGCGACAGCACCGCGAGCCCGCGCGUGAGCCCGCGCAUCAGUAACGAGAACCAAGUGAGCCCGUUCCGGCAUGUCUGA